AUGCGUGAAUCACCUCGCUCAGCAAUACCUUCUCAUGAUGCCAUUGAAAUGGAAAAACGGCAAGCCCAGAAGGCAAAACGUCUACAGGUGAAAGUUUUUGUGGAGGCCACCCUGCGGAAAGGUGUAAACGGCUUAAUUGCGGAGUUUAAAGGAAUGAAACGUGGCAACGAUUUCACGGUGAUGACUGCAUUUGUAGCCGAAAUUCCAAAUGGUAGAAAUCGAUACAAGGAUGUCGGCUGUUUGGAUAAUCGUCGGGUUGUUGUGAAUAUUGGCAGUACAUCUUACAUACAUGCAAAUUAUGUUUCAACACCUAAUAAUCCGAAAAGAUUUAUUUGUACGCAGGUAAGUUUGGAUAAACUA